AUGGCGGACGAGUCGAUUUCUGUAGAAUUAAGCAGACAUGUAACUGAUAUCAUAAGUUGUCUUCAACGAAGUACUGGUCAGAAUGAUGUAAUACAAUUCCGCCUCGACUGGUUAUACAAUGCUGUUGUACGUUAUUGUGACAAUAUCCCUUCUGGGGAGGCAGUACUGGCCCUUAUUCAAGAAGCGAAAGAACUGCUAAGAGAAAAUGAGAAUGGUAGUUGUAGUGAGAACGUCGCGUUUCAAGCAGAGGUUGCAACUACUGGCGAGCAAGGAAGACCACGCAUUAUCAUUGCAAAGGAUCAGCUCGAGUUUUUGUUAGAUUUGGGGUUUAAAUCCGGAGAGAUUGCAUCUCUGCUUGGUGUCAGUGAAAGCACUGUUAAAUGA